GCGUCAGUGUGGGCGCCUCUUGCACGCUCUCUCACACAGGUUGCUGCCCCAUGCCACCUCCCGAGCCACCUGCUUUCUCGUCCUUGCCACCUGUCGCCGCUCACUCGCCAUGCCUCCUUAGGGCGCCGCUUUUCGUAACUUGCCAGCCAACCGGAAGCCAGCAUUUCCGAGGGGGGAUGGGUUUCGGCUUGAGAUUUACGCGUUUCCUGUGUCAAUGAAGAAUUCCAUCGAGGAAAGAUUCGGCGGAUCAGAUCAGUGCCAGCAACUGGAAGAUCAGCUAGUGCCGCACGAACUCCCGAGGAAGCACCAUCUGUGGAGGAACUUUCGUCAGUGCUCAAGAUUCAGGAUGGUCUUCUGCAGGGAUAACUCGCGGAAAGGCAAUGGGGAGAUCCAAUGGUGCUUCUCGCAAGUCAAGGGAACGCUCGACGACGAUGUUAGUGAAGCUGACAUCAUAUCCUGUGUAGAGUUCAAUCAUGAUGGAGACUUGCUUGCCACUGGGGACAAGGGUGGCAGAGUUGUCAUCUUCCAACGUGACCCAUCAUCCAAGAAUUGCCAUCCGAGGCGGGGAGAGUACAACGUCUACAGCACCUUCCAGAGCCAUGAGCCGGAGUUUGAUUACCUUAAGUCUUUAGAAAUUGAGGAAAAGAUCAACAAAAUUAGAUGGCUGAAAAGGAAAAACCCUGCACACUUUUUACUAUCUACUAAUGAUAAAACAAUAAAGUUAUGGAAGGUUUCGGAACGAGACAAGCGAGCAGAGGGCUACAACUUAAGGGACGAGUCCGGCCAAAUCAGGGACCCAACUUCACUCACAACUUUACGGGUGCCUGUCUUAAAACCAAUGGAGCUUAUGGUAGAAGCCUCUCCUCGGAGAAUUUUCGCCAAUGCACAUACGUACCACAUCAACUCCAUCUCUAUUAAUUCAGAUCAGGAGACCUAUUUGUCAGCUGAUGAUCUCCGCAUCAAUUUAUGGCAUAUGGAAGUUACUGAUCAGUCAUUCAACAUCGUGGACAUCAAGCCUACCAACAUGGAAGAAUUAACAGAAGUGAUUACUGCUGCCGAGUUUCAUCCACAUGACUGCAAUGUAUUUGUAUACUCAAGCAGUAAGGGAACCAUUCGCUUAUGUGACAUGCGGCAAGCUGCCCUCUGUGAUAGUCACACUAAAUUAUUUGAGGAGCCUGAGGAUCCAACCAACCGUUGUUUCUUCAGCGAAAUUAUCUCCUCCAUUAGUGAUGUUAAGUUCUCCAACAGCGGUCGCUACAUGAUCUCUAGGGAUUACCUCUCUGUCAAAGUAUGGGAUCUACACAUGGAGACCAAACCUAUAGAAACGUAUCCGGUGCAUGAAUAUCUACGUUCCAAGCUGUGCUCACUCUAUGAGAAUGACUGUAUAUUUGAUAAGUUUGAAUGUUGUUGGAGCGGCAAUGACUCUGCCAUCAUGACAGGCUCGUACAACAACUUCUUCCGCAUGUUUGACAGAACGACGAAGCGAGAUGUAACUCUAGAAGCCUCAAGGGAAACUGCUAAGCCUAGAACUUUACUAAAGCCAAGAAAGGUAUGUACUGCAGGCAAAAGAAAGAAAGAUGAGAUCAGUGUAGACUGCCUUGAUUUCAAUAAGAAGAUCCUCCACACAGCAUGGCACCCACAUGAAAAUAUAAUUGCUGUGGCUGCAACUAACAACCUCUACAUAUUCCAAGACAAAUUUUAGCGGUCCUCCUGUGACUAGAGCUUAGACCCCCAUCUGGUGGAUGUCUGGGCAUGGCCAUCAGGUGGUGCAAGAAAGGUCCCCUGGAAGGGCUUUUGCACUAACUCGGCCUGCCCCACAAAGUUGCAUCUGCAUGAAGCCACAAAACUCGCGUUGGCCACCCUAUCAAGGCUCACCUUUGGUCGAGUUGUGGCUCAUUUGUCUCUUGGGUUGUUCUGUUUACAAGUCGACGGUGGCCACAUGUGCCACACACCAACGGCGACCAAAUCAUCCUGGGCUUUAGUGCCCGUUUAUCAGUGCUGCCAUCCCACAGGACAUGUUCAGCAGCUGAUAUAUAGAAAUACUGUGGGUGCCCACCCUUGUGAUCUUGUAUCUGUGUUUCAUCCUCAGAUCAUCUGUUGAGAAGUGAUUAGUUGCCUUCUAUCAAGGCUAUUAAAAUAUAAUUUAAGAAGAAAAUGGCUGACUAGGUGAAUCCAGUGAUGUUGAAUGGAUAGGAGUUUGCCAUGUUAUUAUCAAUAGAUUAGUGGCUUAAAAUUUAAAAAAGAUAUGGACUGCAGAGCCCAAAUUUCUUUCUCGGAUGCCUGGCUUUUUUUUUUAUCAAUUUGAAUGUGUCUUGUUGCCAAAUUGAGCUGUGACCGGUGACUUGAAUAACUAGGGAAAUGGGGCAUGACGGCGCUAACCUCUGGGAUUGGUUGGGUUUCUGCUUAAUAAGUCAUUCUAGGCUUAGAACUAACCCUAACAAGCAUGAGGGCUGAGCGCUGCUGUGCCCCACAGGCCCAGUGACUGAGGUAAGUAGCAUGAAUGUCUCACAGGAUUAUGUUGAUGUGCUCAUUGCUUCUACAAGACCACUUCCAGCUGCCAGAAAAUGCAACAUGAUUACCAGUUGUUUACGUUAGCUGUUGUGUCACGGCAAGGUUUAUUUUCUCUUUGUCGUAAAGCAGAGGGUAAAGCUUACUGGAAUGCAGUUCAAAGUCAAUAGGUGGUAUUCGUGAUGUAAACAUCUAGUGUGUGGCGCGGCCGCACAAACAAUUUUUCUCCCUCACCUUAGCUUUUUUUAUUUUUAAUUUUUAUUAAUAUUUUUUUCAUUUUUGAGAUUCAGAAAAUUGGUUGAAAGGAUCAUCAUUUCCAGUGUUUAUUGUCUCAGACUGCUGUAUACUUUUUUAAUUAGUUCCAUGUAAUAAAUUAUAUUUCAAUAGGCAA